GUGGACUUGCUAAGCCGCUUACACUCUCCCUACUUGACGGACUUGCUAGGCUACUGUGCAGACCAACACCACCGCCUCUUGAUAUUUGAAUUCAUGCCCAACGGCACACUCUAUCACCACCUCCAUCCUCCUCGCAACCAAUCCUGGUCGUUGAAUUGGGGGACCCGGCUGCGCAUAGCCCUCGAUUGUGCCCGGGCCCUUGAGGUCCUCCAUGAGCAUUCUGUGCCGUCGAUCAUCCACCGUGAUUUCAAGUCCAGCAAUGUACUCUUGGAUCAGAAUUUCCGGGCCAAAGUUUCCGAUUUUGGGUUGGCUAAAACAGGGUCGGAUAAGAUCAACGGUCUGAUUUCAACGCGCGUGCUGGGAACCACUGGAUAUCUAGCCCCCGAAUAUGCUUCAACAGGGAAACUUACUACAAAAUCAGAUGUAUACAGUUAUGGUGUGGUUCUUCUAGAGCUCUUGACCGGCCGUGUUCCGGUCGACACCAACCGGCCCCUUGGAGAACAUGUCCUUGUCUCUUGGGCUCUUCCAAGGCUAACUAACAGAGAAAAAGUGAUGGAAAUGGUCGACCCAUCUCUUAAAGGCCAAUACUCCAAAAAAGAUCUAAUCCAGGUGGCAGCCAUUGCAGCCAUGUGUGUGCAACCAGAAGCAGAUUAUAGGCCUCUAAUGACAGAUGUGGUGCAGUCCUUAAUCCCUCUUGUUAAGAACCUCUCUUCUGUAUCACUAUGUUCCUCCUCUACUAGUUCUUUAAGAUUUAGUCAGAGAGUAACUCCCAAGUAAGUCUGUUUGGGACUCUGACUAUUUUGAGUCCAAAAAUGUAAAUAAAAACGCUGUGAAACCAGCUUGGCUCAUUCUGAGACCACUUACAAUGAGACAUUUUGAGAGUAACCCACCCACCAAAAAUGGUUCAUCAUAUACCUUAGGCCUAGGUCAGAGUCAGCUUUCCCAAUUUUGUUUUUGUCUCACUAGAGCCAUGUUACUCGUUUGUAUGAAUCUUUUACCAUCUCUCUCUCUCUCUCUCUCUCUCACUCAAUGUUGUUUUUGUCUCACAAGAGCCAUGUAACUCAUUUGUGUGAAUCUUUUAGCACUAGUGACAACCAUCUCUCUAUUUGAAAAAAAGACAAAUUACUUUGAUACUUUUUGAAAUUGUUAUAUUAAUCUCUUUUAAGUUUGUAA